CAGGAGUCUUGGAACUCAACACCAAGUUCCGGCGGCAUUCUCGAACCAAUGCUACCAAUCUAGAACGUUACAGGAUGUUAUCGUCCGCCAUUGAAUCAAACACCGAGCAACUUCUAGAAGGUCAUUGGUAUCAUCGAGAUAAUCAUGUCACGAAUGUGAUAUAUAACUGCUGGCCAGAGUCGCUCAGACUCCAGCAAACCAAUUCAGCUUCGACCAAUAACCAGCUAAGUGCCUUCAGUCGAACAUUUAUCACUUCUUCGUUCAAUCAUGUCUCUAUUGCGCACAUUCUACGUUCCAUCCACCGAAUUCGACAAGCUAUUUGACGAUACUUUCAAUGCUCGUUUUCAUCUCUCCCCUACCAUCGAGGGCAACACCAUAUUAACUCAUCGUCGUGAUCAGCCGUUCCCCAGAAUGGACCUACACGAGAACGCUGAGACCAAGACAGUGACCGCGACGUUCGAACUUCCUGGUAUCAAACAACAGGAUGUCGACGUCGAAGUCCACGGAAACCGCCUCACCAUAUCUGGGGAGUCAAAGCGCUCCGAUAACUACGACCAGGGUAGCUACGCGGUGCAGGAGCGCUCGUAUGGCAAGUUCUCUAGGACCCUUCAGAUUCCUCAGGGAAUCACGUUUGAGAAUAUCCACGCGAAGAUGGAAAACGGAGUACUCACUGUGUGCUUCCCGAAGGCUGGACCAGACCAGCAACCCCAGCGCAUCACGAUCGCGUGAAGCCGCCAUGGUAUACGUUUAGUUUAAGCGAUGUUUGCCUCGAAUCUGUAUCAUUAGCAUGCUACCAAGAUGGAAAAGGACUCUGAAGUAAUAGUGUAUUUGUACAAUAGUGAAUGCUCGACGGUCAACCGGUUUUAAAAAUCAAAUCAGUACUUGAGUGAUGACUAGCAGGACCAUUGACCUUCCUCUGACUUUGGCCGCCUUCAUAUUGAUACACCAAAUUUCAUCUUCCGUCUUACCGCCUCUGGAGAUGGACAAAGGGUCCCGCUUGUUACGAUAUCUUGGUCGGGCGAAAUACCUUUGAAUGGCGCUAAGGGCGCUCUGACUACUAGUGACCAUCAAACAGCAAUAGGUCAUUGUGUCUGCUCACAUGUCGCGGCUGGUUUGUGCACAGUGGAUAGUUAUUGUGAUU